AUGGACAAAGAAACUUUGGUAAGCGAAUUUAUUGACAAUGAUUUGUGUUGUUGGGACCAGGUGAGGAUUAGGAAUUGCUUUAGCCCCAUGGAAGCCAAUAAUAUUAUGAGCAUUCCUCUAUCUUGGAGACUUCCUGAAGACAGGCUAAUUUGGAUGGCUGGGAAAAAUGGUGCCUACUCUGUUAGGACAACUUAUCCUAGUCUUAGGGCCAAGAAAAUUUCAAAGGCGCCAGGACCUUCGUGCCAAAUGUUUCAGAGAUUGUGGAAGCACGUCUGGUCAGCACCUGUGAACAACAGGAUUCGAAAUUGCUUGGGAAAGGAACAAAUAUUCCCCAUGGUUGUCCGAUCUGUCAUGCGCACGAAGAAACCAUUGAACAUCUGUUCCUCGAAUGUAACACCACAAAAAAUGGUGUGGUUCUCUUCUCCCUUAGAUCUGCACAUUCCCCCUAAUCCUGGUGUUAUGUAUUGGCUAGAUCACUAG